AUGUAGAUAUGUUGAUCUGUUGUUAGCUGGCUUUGCCAAGAGUGCGUUUCAUAUAAGGAGUAGUUUCUGUGACAGAGCUGGAAAAGGUUCAUGACCAAAGUGCGCCAAUAUGCGUGACAGCCUGGUGGAUGGGACGGGAGCAGCAGUAGCAAAGCGACGGCACACUGCAGUCGGGAGUAGAGCGCCGGUGCAUGCGAGAGCAGGUAGACAACCAUGCUUGCAUCAUCGCAACGUUUCUACGUCGGCGGACUGGCCAGUAUGUCUCAGCAUCAUCUUCUUCAGCGUAGCGUCAGUAGUGGCAAGCAUUGCUCCUGCUCCGCUUCCAGCUGCUGUUGCCGGGGAAAGCAACGGUGCACUUGGGCAUGGCAACCAGGAUCAAGGCCGAUAUGCUAGGGACAGCAGUCCAAAGGACGACAUAGAUCUCACCUCCAGUGCACAAAUCCUCCGUAACAUCUUCUCAGGUAGUCCAUAUCAAAACGCAAGUGAGCUGUCACCAGGUAUGGCCGUGCAAUGCACCGCACAGCUAAGUUGCCAAACACUGAAGUUGCCCACGUUGACAACCAUCACGCAACACCUACCGUUCAAGACGAUAGACGUCUGUUACGCAUUGUCAUGCAUGUACUGUGGAAUACAUGGCACCAUAAGCUGGCUAUUCUCACCUAGUUGCAGAACAGUGAGAGAGAUUUUCAGGGAGUUCUGUUCAGAGAAACAUGUCAUCGGAGACUAUUCAGCAGGCGGAAUCAAGCCAUAUGAAAUAGUGCACCGAAUGGACAGUCAAUUAUCCAGUCUCAUCGAGCAAGUCAAAUGGGAUGAAAUGCGGCUCAGAGUUUGCAAUCAGACAUACGUCGACAAUCUCCACAUCCAAACCCAGCUAAGCGGCAACGUGGAGGUGAGCAGCAUUCUGACUUUCUUAAAACUGCUACAAACAACCAUUCAAACUCUUCUAAAACAGCAGGAGGUGACAAGCAGCCUGUGGAAGCUGGCAACAAAGCUGGACGCUACGCUAGCCGCAGAGCGCAGUCUGGAAAUUGGCGAGUUCCCGUCCGUGUAUGAGCCACUGGCAGCCAUGAUGUGCCAGGCCGUGGUGCCCAUGAGCUCUCGACAAGUCUUGGCCAGCUGGGAACGUCCGUGCUAUGACUUGCUACUCCUGCUAUCACAACGAUACAUCAUGCCAAACACUACACGCGAGUGGCUGAGUACACUGGUCGAAGAUUCGUGCAAGGCGUUCUUUGGCGCUGGCGAGAAGCCAGUGCUCGUCACAGAUUAUGCUGAAAAGAUAACUUACAAAAUCCAAAAAAAGUGUCCAAAAGGUUUGAAAAAGUCAGGAACCAAGUAUAUCCCGUUCCCCACUGCUCCAACACAGCAUCCCCCCAGAAUAGCUGGCCCCGCCAAUACCACGCAGAGCAACGUAAACAACAAACUACCCAUGUUGUCCACAGAGGCCUAUCGGGCAGCGUUGCAGGGAGCCACAUCACUGUUGCGCAGGGUGUAUGCACCGCUUGAAAGCACCAGCACCGGCUUGUCAACACAACAGGUCCAGCUAUGCACGGCUGGCUUCGUUUGUACGGCGCACAUCUUCCGCCGGAGGCUGGAAAGAGUGGCGGAAAUGACUCACUACAAGAUGCUGAGGAUCUGCAGUGAGCUGGUGUGCGUGCGCUGUACCCUGGCAACUCUGAGCUCUAACCAUGAAUUGAACCAGUGUAUUACCCUGAACAACAUCAAACACAUGAUGUGCAGGUUUCCUCAUGAGCCUUCGUGGAUCAACGGUCAAAGCCUGGACAUGGUCUCACCUGCAGGCCUAGUAGGAUUGAAAGAGAAGCUGGACGGUUUCAUUGCCUCGUUGCAGAGUAGAAGCGUGACCGGUACUCACCUCUCAAAGUUCUCGCACUGUGUCGUGCAUGCAAACGGCACAAACACCAUAGCCAGCACCAUCGACUACUUGACCAUAUUCAGUACCUUCACGGCAGACCUACUUGCGGCACAUCAGUUUCUCAGCAUGCUGCAUCAGCAAGUAGUGGAGCUGGACGCAGUCAUAAGCAACACAAUGGGCAUAGCCAGGAGUGAGAGAGCUUCACUGUACGUGCCACUGGCAGGUAUCGUAUGUCAGGCAGCCAGACAGGACCUGAGCCACCGAUCAAGCACUAGCAAAUGGCAAGUGCCGUGCCACGAGCUGCUGGAGCUACUCAAGCUGAAAGCCAUCGUGAACGCAAGCAACAGCUUCAUCUACGACUGGCUCAAGGGCAUUGCUGACAGGACGUGUAGUGACCUGAACAUUCAGUCGGAUUCAAACCCAGCACAGUUUAACUAUGUUCUGCAGCUAGAUCAGCAGCAGUUCAACACGAUCAAGGGCACUUGUCAAUCUAGUGGCCAUCACACCAUCAACACACUGCCGGCAAACGAGUACAAGAGACUGUUUUGUGUCCACAACAGGUGUCCAUGUCACACAGCUAACAGCACAAUCGUCCCUUUCCUCGAUCGAUCACUCACAUUUGUCACCUACAUCCAGAAAGACCUCUGCUCGGCAGUCCCAGACUGUCCUGUGGACACCGGGCAGCCUGGGAAUAUGGUCUAUGGCAGGGGCUACAGCAACAAGCAGUGGAACUGUCAACUUGACUGUCACUACAACCCGCAGUGGUGCAGCAGUGCAGUAACCAAAACAAUGAUUGCAGGCAAAGCCAUGGCGCAGGUGGCCAGUGUACUAGUUGUGUUAUUCACAGUUAUUAUGACGUUCCAACGCUACUGGCAAGACAAACAAAUCACAAGCAUCCGCCUCAUCGCCAUCACCAACACCAUCGUAGGUCUGCAAAGCAUUCUCGGUUUGAUCAGUCUGGCAGCUGGGACGAUUGGCUGCCGGGACGACCAUACCAAUGCUAGAGGCUUCCUUGAUUUCAGAGGCAUGUGCGGCUUUACUGCAGUGGUUGAUCUGCUGUCGAUGAGUGCACUACUGGGUGCUCUGCCUGGUAUAUGUGAGGUACUAUGGGUACAUGCUGCCUACCUGACACACAGCCGCAACAAGACGCACUGCGCCGAGAUGAAGCUGGUGACAAUCCGCCACCCGCUGCUCACCUAUCUAGUGUUCGUGGCAGUGUUUGUCACGCCGGCAAUAGCAGCACUGGUGGUUAUGGCCCAGGGGUUGCGUGGACACGGCGACUUGUCAACGUGUCUGGGAAUAAGCUAUUCGUCAAGCAACGGCAUUACGUUCAUGGCGGUCAUAUUCGUGACAUCAUUCUUAGUGGCAACAGCCGGUCUGCAACGGACGCUGCGCCUGCUCAGCUGCAAGAAGGGACAGUACAGUGGCUUUGAUAAAGCCACGCGUAAACUCUUUCUACCCAUCACCUAUGUCUUCCUGCUGAUGCUUCUACUCAUCUUCCAGCUGGGAAGAAUCUAUGCAUACCAACGCUACGCGGACAUGAGAGAUACCGGUAAACACAUCGACAAGGUCAAUAGCUAUGUGCAGUGUCACGCAACACACUGUGACACAUCGCAGUGUCUGUCUGCACCGGCACUUCAGGUCCGGUGCUGGGCAAAGGGAGUUGCAAUGGAGAUGGGCGAGACCGUGAUCGGCAUUAUCAUGAUGCUAGUGCCCUACCUGCAGACUAUCACACACAACUACCGGCAGCUGUGCGCCAAGAGACACGGACUAAUAGUGGGAAAGCAGAGGGAACAGCCUGUCGAGCAGGGAGUACUGCACUUUGACAUCACAGACUUCCAGUGAGUGCAAACCUGUUGUGGUACAGCUAUGAACAGGCGGCCACAGGUAAUGAGAAUGACAAGCAGUCUUUUCAGGCAUCACAUCAACAUCAGUGUUGAUAUGCAUGUACCAGUAUAACUUAACAAUGGCAAUAGUUGCAAGGAGAUAGCAUACCAGGGCCGCGCAUACAAGUCAUACAGUCAUGUUCUGCUCUCCUUACCAGCGGUGACGUGCUGUGGUUCUUGAGCAGACCCCGCACUAGACCUUCCUUGUUGCAGUGCUGGAAGGUGCUGAGCGACUGCGAGAUACGCAGUCUGUCCAGCUCCGCCACACACACCAGUGAGUAUAGAUACGCCCUGUGUACCACAGCAUGGAGAGCAAGCAUGAGUGGAUAUUCGAUAGGCAAGUGAGAUGAGAAGAGAGCUGGCGACAAGCUAGGCUCUGUUCUGUUUUCUGAGACAUUUGCGUUCAGUGUAUGCAGACAUUGGCAAUACUAUUGCUUGGAGAUUUCAACAACCUUGGGAAAUCAUGGUUCUUGAAGUUGAUGUUGGCAGUUCAUAUUGGAUCACGUGCCCUAAGUUUCAUGCACAGAGGUGGACUUGUACGACUCUAGAAUUGAUUGACUGACAGCCAAGGCUUAGUUCUCUGAUUGUUUUGGCUAUUUCUUGGUGUUCUUUUGCAUCAGUUUCAUUUCUUUCCAUGUGUAGUGAUCAUUCUAGCACCAAUCCAAUCAAAAGAACUAUCUAAAACUAGUGGAAGAUAUCAGACACCGGACUUAUGAGAGAGACUAACAAACUACAAUGUUA